ACACCGCCGCUCCGAAGGCGUCGCCGGGCCAGUCGGGACACCAGCUGCCCUCCCCCUUCCAGGGCCUGGGCGAGUCGUCCUUGGGACAGUGCACGAAACCCUGACCCCGAUUCCUGCCCGCCGCGAAGGGGCUGCGCCGGAAAGGAAGGAGGGGAUAGGCCCGGACCGCGGAGAAGGGACAGGGGCCGGGACCGAGGACAGGGGCGCAGGGGCCGGGGAGCGCGCGAGUCCCCCCCGCGUCCUCCCCGCCCCGGUUGGUGCCCAGCUCGCCCUCUAGUUGGCCCGCUCCCCGCCGGGCCCGGGAGCGAUGGGGCGCCCCCUCACCUCCCGCCAACCACGGCUCCCUCUCGCUCUCCAAAGUGGCUGCUUCUUCUUGGAGUUUACUUGGCUUAGGAGGACCCCAUAGGAGCCAGAGGCAAAAUGUCCGAGGAAGACCCCCAGGAAUGCGCGGAGCCUGUUGAGCAGAAAGCCAAGCUCCCCCUGGAGAAAACCAGCGACUACUACCGCGUAAGAGAGAACCUGCCUGCCAGGUUCAACAACCCGGGGUGGUUUCGGGGCUACAGGACCAAGGAGGCUGCUUCAGUGUACAGGACCAGUAACCAAGCUUACGGGGACAGAGCCCCCACCGUGCAUGAGAUGCCGAAAGUAUUUUAUCCUACCUCGAGUAAAUUUUCCCAACAACUCGCUGCGGGUGGAAUGUACCGGAACAGCACCUUCAACACGAGCAUGGAUAAGAGCGCCGUGUCGGGGCCUGACAACUACAUCACCCCCUACGACCGGCUCAACUUCCACCCCAGUUACAACGUCAAUAAGCCGUCCAUCUGCAACUGAGGGAGGCGGGGGCUCCUCCGAGGGUCCUCCUGGCCCUGAUGCUGAAGAAUCUGCCCCAUUGUAAAGGUACAGACCUCCCUGUUUUCCCUGAAAGUAUUUUCCCUCUCUGGAACAGAGAAAUAUGCAAAGGGAGCCAUAAUUUCCUGCUUUCUCUAUGUUAUAUCUAAGAUGUAUUUGGAAGAGACUAAUUGCUUGACUCUCAAUUAAAAGCAUUGCCAUGCAUUGAAUUCCA